AUGGCUCCGCACCAUCCAAAUGAUGCGAUGCGUGAAAUCCAGGUGGCACGGAAGGAACAAAGGGCAGCUCUGGACAUGCUUACAAAGCAACUUUCUCAAGUUGCCAUGUCACUAGGGGAGCUGAGAGGAAAUGAAGGAAAGAUCCCUGCUACGGUGCAGCCUACUGGGCGAGAAAACAUCAGUGAGGUCUCCCUGAGGUCAGGGAAGAGCCACGAAGAAGGAGCACAGUCCAGUUCCCAUGAUCAACCCGCCGGAGGAAGAGAUAAGGAAAAAGCGAAGGUAUGCGGCGAGACCUCAGGAGGAGGUCAAGGCGAGGAAAUUGAGAAGGCCAAGCCCUACCCCUACCGCGGCAUGAUUACAAGGAAGAGAGAUGCCAUGAUUGAUGUGGCCAGUUUAUUCAAGGAUGUGGAAGUCAAAGUGCCACUUCUGACGGCGUUGAAGAUGCCCCCUAUCAGUAAAUUUGUUAAAGACUACCUGGCAGGAAGGGUCACUCAAGAAGGAAGGAUGGUUACAGAGGAGAAUGGGCUUUUUAUCAAUGUACUGCCAUAUUCUAUAUACAAGAAGCUGGGAGAGACUAAGCUUAUCAACACCGACAUCAUCAUACAACUAGCCGACAGGUUUUGCAUUCACCCUGAGGGAAUUCUUGAAGAUGUGAUAGUAAAGGUGAACAAUUUCCUCUACCCAGCCGACUUCUUCGUCAUCAAAAUGACAGAGCCAACAACGAAGGAGUCCAGUGGAGUCCUAUUGGGAAUAUCGUUCCUGUCUACAGCCAGCACAAUAAUCGAUAUCCGCAAUGGGACGAUCAGUGUGGAUUUCAAUGGAGAACAAUUCACUUUCAACAUCGACGAAGUGAUGAAAAGUCCGAGGGACAGUGAGAACGUGCAUUCGGUGGACAUAACCGAGCCUCUGGUUCAAGAGUAUCUAACUGGUCCAGCAGAAGUCAGCCCAACUGGUCGGGAAGACAACAAGAAGGGAACUGGGGAUACAGACAUCAAGGACCCCAGUUAA